AUGGACACUCACAAUUGUGGUGCAUGUGGGGAGUUGUUAUCAGAAGGUCCUCACUGUACUGUAUGCAAUCAAGAACUACAUUUUCACUGUGCUGGAAUAACUGAAGCUGGAUAUCGCAAGCUGGGAGAUAGGAAGUCUACCUGGCGAUGUGUCAAGUGUAAACAAACUCACUCUAUCCAGCCUCCUUUAUCACCAAAGGUCGAAUCCGAUGCACUAAUACUUAAGGAGAUAAGAGCUCUCUCUGAUAAACUGGCGCCAUUAGAAUGUCUUAAAGAUGAAGUCAUUGCCUUGAGAACUGAAUUUGCUGAUCUUAAAUCUUCACUAAAUAAUACUAACGUGGCGCUAAAAGAAUUUAAUAACAAAAUUAAGGACUUCGAACAGCGUCUAGUACAGAUCGAGAAAGUGCAAAAACAUGCUAACCUAAUUCAGACUCGGUUAGAAAAACUGGAGCAGGAGUCGAACUCUGCGGAGCAAUGGUCAAGAAUGAAUAAUGUUGAAAUAAAGGGAGUACCUCAGGCAAGCGGUGAAAAUUUGUUUGAAAUCAUAUCCAAAAUUGGGUCUAAGAUACAAUAUCCGAUUACAAAGACUCAGGUAAAUUUCGUUACAAGAGUACCAACCCGUGAGAAAGAGCAUAACAAACCGAUAAUAAUCUGUUUCUGCAAUCGAUAUGUGAAGGAAGAUUUUGUGGCGGCAGCCAGAUAUGCAUCGAAAACUAGUCAUUUCACAUCAGGCAACAUAGGAUUUGUGGGCAAUAAUAGGAUUUAUAUCAAUGACCACCUAACCAUGCAAAAUAAGACCUUACUUUCUAAAACUAAAAAGGCAGCGGUUGAAAUGAAUUUUCGUUAUGUCUGGGUCAAGCAUGCCAAGAUACAUGUAAGAAAGACCGAUACGUCGCAUAUAAUUAUGGUGAAGUCAGAAAGAGACCUUACAAAAAUAGUGUGA